UUCUGGCGGUACAGCAUGGAGGAACAAUGCGACAGCUUAGAAUUACACAUUAUGUCAUUGCCGUUUUUAUUUUUGGAGUCUAUGACAAAGCUCUAACAGCAGUGAUCCAAACACAGCAGACUGUGCUGGCAGCAGUGGGAGAAGAUGCUGAAUUCAGCUGUCAGCUCUUGGACACUAAAGACGUCCUUCAGGUCACAUGGCAGAAAAUUUCACCUGAGGUGGAGACAAAUGUCGCCACCUACAGCAAGCACUUUGGUCAGAGAGUGAAUUCUGGCUUUACAGAUAAAGUUGAGUUUAAACAUACUGGACUGCAGAACUGCUCCAUAGUCAUCAGGAAUGUGACGGAGCAGGAUGAAGGCUGCUAUCACUGUCUGUUUAACACUUAUCCUGAAGGCUCCUUCACAGGCACACCCUGCCUGUAUGUCUUUGAGCUGCAUGAACCUGUUCUUGACAUCCGAGAGUCAAACUCUACUGAAGAGUGGGUUGUUUCCUGUUCAGCCACUGGUCGACCUGCUCCCACUGUAACACUCAGUGUAUCACAACAAGACCUCAACUUCUCACAGUACAACACUGUCAGUGUGUCCAACACCAACGCUACAUUCACUGUCACCACUACAGCUGUGCUCUCAGGUUCACGUAACAACAGCACACAGGUGGGAUGUGCAGCACGAGUGCUCUCUGCUCCUCAGCGAGAGGUGAUGGUGAUGAUUCCUGAUGAUGAUGAUGAUGGGUUAAAUGAGAAAUCAGGAUCUAAUCAAAUAAAUUUAGGAAUGAAACACCUUCAGUCAACCAAACUGAAAAUCAGCUCAAAAAGUGGAGACCUCCUGAGAGAAACCAACCAAACCACGAUCCAAGUCUUUCACCUUCACCUGCACAAAAACUUACUUUUUAACAGCGUUGACUUGCUUUUUGGAGCAGGGUUUGCAGCUAGAUGUCCGGCUUUUCUGGACAGCUAGCAUGUUCUGAACUCUUUUUAACUGGUCUUAAUCAGUUAAAACUGAAUUUACAGUCACUAAAGUGUCUUUUUUCACUUCCAUUUCGUUCAGUAAUCAGUAUCCUUGCCCUCUUUGUCUUUGAAAACAAAUUAGUGCCAGUUUUAAUUUGUACAACACUAAUGAUUCACUUGAUCUUUGAAAAUGUGCUCAAAUGAUUUCAAACACUAGAUGUUAGCGGUGUAGCAAUUCUGUAAAACCUUUAAUACCUCGAUUGUUUGAACGCAACUUUUGCCGAUACCUCAAAAUUUCUUUAGGGUGAAGGUAUAUAAAAAGACCAGAGGUCUGAUCACUUGAUCAGGACUGUAUCAUGGUGAAUAAUUUCUAUGUAUUUUCAGUUUACUUUGUGGAUGUACUUAAUUUGCAGAGACCAAGUUUUGUGUGCAUCUGUAGUGUAGUGGUUAGUGUGCUUGAUUGAAGAAAAGAAGGUCUCUGAUUGGCAGCUCAUAUGUUUUUUUACUCAGAAAGAAUUUUUGUGUUUUUCUUGUUUUGAAAUUUCUCAGCUUUUUCAGUUUUACAGUAUGAUGUUAAGAUUUGAAACACAA